GUACAGGGAUAUGGAGUUAUCCAUUCACAUAAAAUUCAUAAAAUCAAAGAAGAAUACGGUGUUUCCCAGAUUCCUAAUUCAAGUGAUCCAAUGGAGGAUUCUUCAAAACUCAACUCAAUUGAUCUCUCCUCCGCAGAUAUCACUACCUCUCUAUCCUUACUCAAACAGGCAUGCAUGGAUUCUGGUUUCUUCUAUGUAACCAAUCAUGGAAUCAGUGAGGAAUUUAUGGAUCAAGUUUUCACCCAAAGCAAGAACUUUUUUGAUCUUCCAUUGGAGGAGAAAAUGAAGCUUCUUAGGAAUGAAAAACAUCGAGGCUACACGCCUGCUCUUGAUGAACUUCUCGAUCCCGCCAAUCAAAUCCAUGGUGAUCACAAGGAGGGAUUCUAUAUAGGUAUUGAAUUGCCUGAAGAUGAUCCUCAAGCUCAAAGGCCUUUUUACGGGACAAAUUUAUGGCCCGACUCAGUGAAGAUAAUCUGCUGUAAUAAAACGGAUUCUAGAGAUGCAGGUCUGACUCUAUCUAUUUUUUGAACUUGUGAAAAAUCAGUUUACAACUUGUUUUGAGUGUUUGACAAAUUCUGAGUAUUUGCAGUAUUAUUAGCCUCGCUUGGGGUAUGCACAUAUAAUGUAUAUAUGUGUGGAUGCUCGAGGGGCAAAAGUGAAAGUGCACUAAUUUUAACGUUAUUUUACUAAUUUCGUGAAAAUGACGUUAAAAGAGGGGGAUGGUUAAUCAUGCAUCAUAUGGUGGCGUUGAUGGCCGAAAGACAAAAGGGUACAUGCAUGAAUCGGCCUUUUUCCCGAUUGUCGAGUGUUAUGUGCCUUGUGUCCAAGGCUUGAUGCAAAACUACUAUCGAGCCGGGGGUCUCACUGGAAGCAACCUUUCUAUUCCUACGGGGUAGAGAUAUCUUGCCAGGAUGGAGGCAAACUAUGGAAAGAUAUCAUCAACAGGCUCUGGAGGUUGUUAAAAAAACUGCAAGGCUAAUAGCUCUUGCGCUCGAUCUGGAUGCCAACUUUUUUGAACAACCAGAAAUGCUCGGCAAUCCUAUUGCAAUCUUACGCUUGUUGCAUUACGAAGGUCAAGCAUCUGAUCCUGCAAAGGGAAUAUAUGGAGCUGGUGCACACUCUGAUUACGGGUUGAUUACUCUCUUGGCAACCGAUAGUGUUUCUGGACUCCAAAUAUGCAAGGAUAAAGACGCGAAGCCUCAAGUGUGGGAAUAUGUUGAACCGUUAAAAGGAGCGUUUGUGGUCAAUCUUGGCGAUAUGCUUGAACGGUGGAGCAAUGGUGUUUUCAGGUCAACAUUGCAUAGAGUGUUGUUGGGCAACGGGGAAGACCGAUAUUCGAUUCCUUACUUUGUGCUUCCUGGUCAUGAUUGUGUGGUUGAGUGUCUACCUACCUGCCAAUCAGAACAAAACCCACCCAAAUUUCCUCCGAUUAGAUGUGAAACGUACCUUCUUCAAAAAUAUCAGAACACGCAUGCUGAUCUUAGUACAUACAACAGAUCCUGAAUUUGAAUGCUGGACAUGGAGUUUGAUGUAGUUUAAAGUGGGUAGCAACCAAGUUAUUUUGACAGCUAUCAUCUGAUAUUGUACAACAAAAAGAUCAAUACAUACACUGGCGGACCCAAAAGAAUUUCUUACCAGGGUCAGAUUUUCUCUAUGCUCGAAUAUCUGUGAGCUCGACAUUCGAACAUUCGGUUUGGGUCCAAAUAAUUAGCGAUAAGUAGUCGUGGUAAUAGCAAAAGCUCAAAUGAGGCUGUUGAGAUAAUUAUGAUCACGAAAAGGUAAAUAAUUGUUUAGAA